AUGGGCAAUUUUGUUUCGGCACAAUUUAAAAAUUUAACUGCAUUGGAUUUGUCUAAUGAACAGCAUAUUCACGUGUUAGAGUAUAUCGGAAAUGCCUUACAUAAUUUAUUUGUGGAUUACCAAAAUCAACAACAACAAUACCAGAAAGGAAUGAUACAAAAAUCUGCCUUUAUGGAGUUGUUUCAUUUGAUACUUCCGAAUGAUUUAGUGAUUAGAUAUGAGACAUGUCUGUCAAGAGAUCAAAUGGGAAUAGAGUUGGAGAAAAAAUCAUCUGCAGUGGAGUUUAGAACUAUUUAUUCCUUUUUAAAUCAUUUAGAAAACGCAGAAAAGUGGGGUAAAUUGUUUCAGGAAAUGAAAUCAUUUUUACAAAACAAUAAGAAACUAUUAUUAUUGAGUUCUGGGAAAAAUAAUCAAAACUUGACAGUGGAGGAAGAUAUUAGUAAAAAUCUUAACGAAUUUGAAGACACCAUAAAAGAUCUGAUUGAGCAAGAAAAUGCCAAAGUUAAAGAAUCAGAUUUGUUCCGAAGACUUCAAUUUAAUAAUUUUAUAGCUCAAUUCGAACUCCACCUCUUUUCAAAUUUUAUUGCUUUUAGAAGAAGGGAAAGAUCAAAUAGUUUAGUUAGAAACACAACAAUGUCCAGACUCAGAUCCCAAUCUAGACUGAUUGCAGCCAAUGAAACUCCAAAGGAAUUAACGAUGUCAGAUAACAUAAAUUUAGAAGAAAGGAAACGAAGAAUGUCCGUAACUUUUAACCAGAAUAUUCCAACAGAUAGAUAUGAAACACUUAAUAAUGGGAAUAAUCUUGAUGCAUUGAGCAGAAUCAGUUCGACCCCGUCUCCAGUUAUGAUGCCACCAAAGGAAUCAAAACCAAAACAAAAGAAAAAGAAGGAAAUCUUCACUUACUCCUUUCUCUUGGAACAGAAAGGAAUAUCUACUGACCCAAGAUUUUUAAAAAAGGACAAUCUAACCAAAAGCAAGGUAAAGGAGCUUGAGAAAAGCACCAUGUUUACAAAGACAACUGACUCGAGCGAUGAAGAAGAGUCGAUAGCUGUUACCUUACCCAAAAAUCAUGAUGUCUCACCAUUGGUUGCCAGAAUCAAUAAGAUGGUCAAGGUUGUUAGACAGAAUACCCCAGAGAGUGAUUUUAAAGAAAAGGAUACAAAACAGGUGGGUCAUCCAACAACCUCUUCAGCCACCACAAUCUCAACUACAUCUCAAAGAAAUAUCAUUUUGGCAAUUUCAUUUUUCCAAGAUUUAGAUAUGGGGGAUGUGAGUAACCAAUACGCAAUUGUGGAAUGUGGAGGUAUACCCACAUUUAUUAAAUUAUUCGAAUAUAAUGGAGAUGAAAGAAUUCGUGUGGGAGCAGCCAAUAUUUUAUCUCACUUAUCAAAUAAUUCAAGGAUUCAACUUACUAUUGCUGAAAACAUUCCCUCUCUAUUAAGAGCAUUGAAUAUGGGUAGCUCCGAACUAACCAGACAAUCGAGAGUGAAGAUAGACAAACAUGCACAAAUAUCUUUCCAAAAACUAGUUUGUGAGGUAAUUGCUAAUUGUUGUGAGAGAUUAGCUGUUAGAAAAAUAAUAACCAAAUCAAAAGGAAUUAAGAAAAUGUUCCAAUUCCUUUACAAUUGUAAAGGGUUCUUUGAUGGAUCAUCUAAUUCACCUGUAAAUAUAUUUGAACAUUUUAGAAACAAGUCAAUGGCCAUUUCCAGGCCGUUUAGUGUUGCCUCACAGGCUUUACAAAAUUCAACUCCUUCUGAAGCACUUUCUAUAAUUUACAAUUCUUUACGAGUUAUCUGGACUGCAUCUAAAAGAAAGUCUAAUCAAGAGGAUAUUCUAAAUGUGAAAAUUGGAGGUGAUAUUGGAAUUUCAAUACUAGAUAUAUAUCUCGAUCAUUUGUUCACCUAUUUGAAGGAUUUUGGAAAUGAGGCUGAUUCGUCAGUUAUUGGACCUUACAAGCUUUUAGUUCCAGUGAUCGGGUCAUUCAUGCACUGUGCUGAAAAUGAUUUACUAAUUGUAAUGGCUGGACUAUUAUUCAAUCUAACAGUUGAGAAAUAUGUCAGAGAACAGAUCAAUACAAUCCUUGAAAUUAUGGGAAGUUGGAUAAAGAGGUGUGAGAAACAAUCGAAAAAUGAUCCAGAGAGAUCUCUAAUUUUAUUGGAAUACAUUACUGGUGCCAUGUACAAUGCGUCAUUCUCUAUGGAAAACUCUGAGAAGAUUUUCGAGCUAGGAUUAUUACCCUCACUGACUGGCUUUCUGGAUAUUAAUUUCAUUCCUAAAAAGAAAGUAAAGCCGCCACCAGUUCCAAAAGUUAAUGUUUCUGCAAGUCUUUCUCCAUCCAGAAGACGAAGAAAAUCCGAAAUACAUGAACCUGAGGAAGUCAUUGUUGAUUCCAACUAUAUCAGUAGCCUUCUCAAAACAAAAUCUGUAGAAAAAUCAGAUGAAUUAAUCAAGUUUAGGUGUGCUGGAAUUAUUGCCAAUUGUGCAAAACUCCCUUGGACCAAAUUGCUGAUUUUCAAAUCUGGAAUAGUGGAUUACAUCUCACCUCUCUUGGUUUCGUCAUCCAAAACGGAUUUAAUUGUUCACUGUCUAGAUAUACUAGGAAGAAUUUGUAACUGUAACUCUGUCCUUGACAGCAUGCUGAAACAGGGUGCUAUGAAGGCAAUGUGGUCAAUGUUGAGAAAUGAAAAACCAGAAAUUCAGGCUGCAGCUGCUAUGGCCAUUUCAAAUUGCAUCCACAAUGCUGAUAUUGCUGCCAGAAUUGGUGAGACAUAUGUUAGUGGAAUUGGUGUUCUGGUGAGAGUUUUGGAAUCCUCUAAAGAUAUUUUUGUUCUAGCCAAUAUUUGCCUUGCCAUUGCUAAAAUGAGUCAGAACCCAAUUAACAGAGCCAUUUUCACUGAGGAAGGUGCCUGUACUCACAUCGCAAACAUGUUGAAAAAUACUCAAAAGUGGAUUGACGAAUUAAUGAUUCAGAUGGCAACAAAGCCAAAAACAAAUGAUUUUUCCAUGUGUACGUAUGAAACUGAAAGUGGGGAGAAGAAAAAGUUGGUCUACGAUAAUCCAAAUUACAACCAGAGACUCGAUGAAAAUCUCUACUUACGUUCAAUGGCUGCUUUGGCAAUUGCAGAAUUGGGAAAACAUCAACAUAAUUCCCUUUCUUUCUUUGAAAAGGGAGUAGUAGAUCCUCUCAUUGAGAAUAUCAAAUUCCAAAGAAUGCUGCAAAAGCACUAUGAUUCUAAUCAUAGAAAGCAUUAUGAAAAUACAGCAAUGGUUGAAAUUUUAUCUAUUGCAAACCCAAACAAAUCAACAACUGAAAACCAAUUGACAAAAAGUGCUAGUUUUACUUUUGGUCAUUCCUCAAUUCAACAAAACGGACAACAACCAUUACAAGAAAAAAGCUUUAAAAAGUCUCAAUCAAAAAUUUCCCCUUUCGUUUGUCACAGCCUGGUUUGUGCUCCAUACCUUAACCUCACAAACGCGCUUACAAGUUUGUCAAUACUGGAAUCAAGUUCAUCAACACCAAACAAAGAUGGAGAAGCAACUGAUGAGCUUUAUGAGAAUUUACCAACCAAUGGUGUUACACCAUCUGAUAUCGAUUGCCACUAUCAUCACAUUUUCAGAAACACUUCAUACGCAUUAAGUGUUCUUUCAGAGAAUGAAAUUGUCUCUAAAACGUUGCGAAUUUGUAAUACCGUAAACUUGUUGGUUAGACUGUUGAGUGCCAAAAAUGAUGCUCUACAAUUGAGUGCAGCCAACGCCAUUGCCAACGUCAGAAAAUAUCAUGUUUCCUCUAAAAUUAAUAGCCAAACAACAUCAAACCAGUUUUAA